AUGACGUCCAAAAAAUUAUUACUAUACUAUUUUUUGACCGCCAAUUCACUUUUACAAAGAUUAUUUGUCAUAAUCAUUACGAUUACGAUUCUAUCACUUUUAGCAACCGGAAUAAACAUUCGUGAAUAUAAUUUCACAAUAACUUAUCUUCCUAUAAAAGAUUGUGGUAAUCCAAACCGUGAUGUAAUUCAUAUUAACGGAGCGUAUCCACCGCCGCCUAUCAGAGCGAGUGUCGGUGAAAUUAUUCGUGUGAAUAUGAUUAAUCAUAUGCAAAAAGAUAAUAUUACUUUACAUUUUCAUGGAAUACGGCAGCGUGGAACACCUCUGGCAGAUGGUGUGCCGUUUAUCACACAAUAUCAAACUGAGCCUAAUAAAACGUAUACUUAUGAAUUUGUCGCGUGUCCUGAACAAGCAGGGACUUAUUUUUAUCAUUCGCAUGUUGGUUUAACCACAAUCACUGGACACGGUGCACUCAUUAUUUACGAUAAGACGCAUCCAUUCGAAUACGACGACGAACGCAUAAUCGUCCUUUCGGACUUUUGGAACAAUACAGAUACUGAUGAUGUUUUAGAAGCUGGUCUUUAUGCAAGUCCAUUAAAAUUCGUUGGUUCUCCGGCUGAUUUAUUGAUAAACGGAAGAACUGGAGGAAAUAAUAACGAUAAAUGUGGACCGGAUAAGAUUUGG